AUGAACGCGAUUCGGCAGACGCAGGCCCUCAACAAGCGGGAGCUCGAGAAUGCCGUGCCACCUGAGGCAUCAUGGCAUGCGGACUAUCGCGACACUGCGUACAUCUACAUUGGCGGACUUCCACUCGAUCUCUCUGAAGGCGACAUCAUUACAAUCUUCUCCCAGUAUGGCGAACCCGUGCACAUCAAUCUACUCCGAGAUAAAGAGACCGGGAAAAGCCGCGGCUUCGCAUUUUUAAAAUACGAGGAUCAGCGGAGUACGGACCUAGCCGUUGAUAAUUUGGGAGGGGCGACAGUCCUUGGGCGAAUGUUGCGUGUGGAUCAUGCUCGGUAUAAGCGGAGAGAUGAUGAGGAGGAAGGUGACAAUGUUGCUAGGCUGAUGGGCGAUGCAACUAUUGCCGAGGGUAAAGCCGAUGGCGACGAGAGCAGACGCGAGAGAAGGAGACGGAGCGACGACGAGAUGGAGGAACGCCGCCCUCUGCUCAAGGAAGAGAAAGAGCUUCAAGAUCUCAUCCACAACCAUGACGAUGAGGAUCCCAUGAAGGAGUUCUUGAUCGAGGAGAAGAAAGAAGAGAUCGCGCUGGCGCUAGCAAGAUACAAAAACACCGACAUCAUCGUCGCCAUCGCUCUCGGUCCACGGAGCGCAGGCACCGGCGCCACCAAUCUCGAAGCCCGGAGAGACGAUCGCGACCGCGGUCGUCAGACCGUGGGAAAGAAUCCAGAAGCCACCGCUCUGCGGAACACGAUGAGCGUCAUCGGCGGCAACGAAUUGAUCGAGCAGAUGGAUCCAGAAGGGAACAGUCGGUCGAGCGCUCCCGCUCACCGGACGCGCGACGACAUCGCAGUGAUCGCGAACGGCAUGAACACCGUCACUGAAAGUCUACACUACGUUGCGAAAUUUUGCAUAUUGCAAUGUUGUCCCGCCAAAAAACAGUUUGGAGCUUUGCGAUAG